GCACGGUGGGGUGAUUCAGUGCAGGAAUAUUGACAGAAAAAGCGUGGACCCCCAAAAAGGACUUUUUGCCUUCUCUGAGACAUCAAGGAGACCAUGGCGUACGCCAGGACUCUCCGAGCCUCCUUACUGGUGAUUUUACUGCAAAUAUUCCUCAUCUGUUCUGCUCAGAGGGGCCCGGUUGGUCCCAGGGGGCCACCCGGCCCUCCAGGUUUUCCUGGCAUCGAUGGCAUUGAUGGAGAGAGGGGUCCAGGCCCUGGACUGGAUGGACCUCCAGGCCAAGAUGGAGACGAUGGAAAAAACGGUUCUAGUGGACUACCAGGAAAUCCGGGAGCAGACGGUGAGAUUGGGCCUGGUGGAGAUCCUGGCCCAGUUGGGCCCAUUGGACCAAAAGGUGAACCUGGCGAUCCUGGACCUAGAGGAAUUCCUGGGGCUGGAGAGGAUGGAGAACCUGGUGCAGAUGGAGAGGAUGGAUUGCCAGGAGAACUGGGCAAAGCCGGACCUCCAGGGAGCCGUGGAUUGAGAGGGUCUGUUGGACUUCCAGGACCAGCUGGACUGAGAGGCCCCCCUGGUGUUUGGAAUGGUGAAGAAUUGUGUCCUAAUGCCUGCACACGUGGACUGACCGGCUAUAGUGGACUAGCAGGAAUGAAAGGCCACAAAGGUAUCAAAGGCGAACCUGGAGAACCAGGAAGACAAGGACAUAAGGGUGAAGAAGGGGAACAAGGGCCCCCUGGAGAACCUGGAGCACAAGGAAAAACUGGUCCACAUGGACUAAGAGGCAUCACUGGUUUGAUGGGUUCUAAAGGUGACAGGGGCUUCCGUGGGAUAGAUGGUGACUUGGGUCCUCAGGGCAUUCAAGGAGCUCCUGGUGAUCGAGGGCAAAGAGGAAAAGUGGGUGAGACUGGACCAAACGGAGCUCAAGGGCCUCUGGGACUUCGAGGCAUUUUAGGUUUACCUGGACCCAAAGGAGAACCUGGUUUGCCAGGAAUAGACGCUCGUGAGGGUAUUCCAGGAUUGCCAGGCGUUAAGGGUAUCCCUGGCAAAGUAGGCCCUCCUGGUGAAGCUGGCCUUCAAGGCCUGCCUGGUUUGCCAGGCAUUCCAGGUGCAAAGGGUGAGAGUGGGCAGAAGGGAAACUCUGGUGAUCCAGGUGUGGCAGGACCAAUUGGGAACAAUGGGAAAUCAGGUGAACGUGGCGAACAGGGAGAAGUGGGACCAGUAGGACCAAGAGGUGGGCCAGGUGAGAGAGGGGUGAGGGGUCCAGAUGGGCCGCAAGGGCAGCCAGGUCCAAGGGGACCUAAAGGGAAUCUCGGUCUACCUGGCGUUCCAGGUCCAUCUGGUUUUCGUGGUCAGCAAGGCGACAGGGGCGCAGUUGGUCUCACUGGUCCAAAAGGCGAGCAGGGAGCACCCGGUGAGGAGGGCGCUCCAGGAGAAAGAGGGGACGUAGGUGAUCAAGGGGAACCAGGAGAGAAAGGUUCGGUGGGAAAACCAGGUGAUACAGGAAACAAAGGUCCAGAGGGAAUGCGUGGACAGCAGGGACCUGAAGGUGGACCAGGUCAGCCAGGACCCAGAGGCAUGCAGGGAGACCGAGGAGAACGCGGCUUACCUGGUGCACAAGGACGACCGGGUCGAGGACCAACAGAUCAACACAUCAAGCAGGUCUGCAUGAGGGUUAUGCAAGAGCAGCUCGCUCAGCUUGCAGCAAGCCUAACGAGGCCUCCGUCUGGCAUUGUCGGGAUGCCAGGUCCUCCCGGCCCUGCCGGCCCUCCUGGCUCGCCUGGAGACAACGGCUUCCCGGGACACACUGGAGCCAGAGGAUUGCCAGGUCUUAAAGGACCUCCUGGACUUAUUGGACUAAAAGGACCUAAAGGUGACAUGGGAGACAGAGGAGACAGAGGGCCUACAGCACAAGGGCCUAAAGGCAUUCCUGGACCACCAGGUCUUCCAGGUGAGCCCGGGCAGCCCGCAUAUGGCAACGAUGGGCGUGAUGGUAUGAGAGGGCCUCCUGGUGUAUCAGGAAUUCCCGGCAUUCCAGGACCUCCUGGGCCUCCUGGGCUUAACGGAUACUGCGAGCCAUCACAGUGUGUCCUCAGCCCAGUAGCACCGCCAUCUCUCAAAGAGUCCAUGAUGAAGGGACCAGACGGACUUUAAAGUGGCUGCAGAAUUGAAGUUCAGAGACUAACAGAAGGGAAACCCUUCACCAAUGGAGUCUUUAUUUUGAGGGGUAUCCAGUGUAGUACUUUUUCUGCAAUCACAGUGUGAUUGAUAUUUCCAUAGUGCAUUCUGAUUUUCCUUAAAGAUAUACCAUGGAAGAUUUUAUGCCUUGAAAUAUUUGUGAGACAUCUUUACAUUACAGGGCUAAACGUUCCAGUAUGCAGAAAUGGACUUCCUAUAAAAAUGGACUUCCUAUAAAAGACAUGAAUUAAUUCUUUUUAAAUGGUCAGUCAUACAAAAACUUACAUGAUACAUCCAGGGGAGUUAUUUUCCAACUGAAGUAUACCAGUCCACUCCUAUCUUUACAGAGUAACCAUAAAAAUCAUGAAAUGUACUAAAUCUUCAUGUAUAGUCACAUUGAAAAUGCAAAAUGUUUAUACACUAGUACAUAAUGUAAAUACAGUUUAUCAUUACCUCAAAUUGACUGUUCUUCAUAUUCUCCAUGCCAUUUUUUUAAAUAUUCAGAAUUAAAAAAAUAUUUCUAAAUCAGUGUAAAUCAUUUUAAACAUUCAAUUUGUUCAAUUACGUGUAAUUAAGUGUUCAUCUUCUUAUUACCCCGUAAGUACAGUCUACUAGUUACAUUCAGUGUGUGAACUUUUCAAUGGUAUUAUUUAUUUUCUAAAAGGUUCAAUGUCACACCAACAUUUGUGAAAAUGGGUAAAUAAAUGGUUUUGAUAAAGCUCUGCAUGUUUUUGUAUAUGAAGAAUGUAUGUUAUUGAACAAAUUCACAUGCAAUGUGCAGACAACUCAUGUCCUCAGUGUAUUCCUUUAUUUUGUUUUCUCUCAUCAGUGAUCAGUUACAACUUCUCUCACUAUACUAAAACACAUACCCAGUGAUAGUAUAAAUAGCCAAUCUAAUAGUACACGUUUCAAAUACCGUACAUAAAUCAAGUAUCCAAGUAUUUAAGUUACGCACAUCAAAUAAAAAGGCAUACAAAAUAUCGCAGAGGUCCAGUUCGAAGCCAAAACACAAAAAUCACACUAUUGACAUGGCAGUAAUUAGUAAACGAAGUCUGGAUAAACGACACAAACUAGAUUCCAUACCUUCCACAUACACACAAUUAUUCAAUAUAUAUAUAUUUUUUUUGUAAUUCAUGAUUUUCCUGCCGUAUAUAUAUCUGCAGCUGUUUUCACAAGUGAAGCUUCUCCAAAUGCCAUGGAGUCAUCCCCACAAAACGGCCUCCAUUCAUUUUAAUAAGGCAUUUUAAGAUCUUCGAAAACAAAAUAAAGAUUAAAUGAUACCUAUGCUGUUGUAUAGUUGUAAAUAAAAAAUAAAAAAAAAAAGAGGAAGAAAUACUGUUUGGCAGAG